GCUCGCGGCUUCUUCUUCCGGCCUCCCCUUUGGGCCGGCACCGGUAGAAGCGGGGCGAGCGCGAAGCCCCAAGCUAGUGAUCUGCGACCCCGGAAGUGGGCCUCAAGGUCCUGGGUCUCUCCCUGUUCCAGAGCCAAGGGAACCGUCGUCUGCAUCCUGGGAGCACCCACCCCACGCCCACCUCUGGAUGCCGCCGACUGGUGCCCGGCCCGUGCCCCGCGCCUGCCUGCCCUCUCUGCCCCUUGAAACAGUUUUGAGCCAGGGGUGGGGGUCCAGAUCCUGUCCCUGAUGCGGCUCCAACCCCGCUUCUGGGUCUCGCACCGCUGACUGCCCCGGCCGACCCCGCCCCCUGCCCACAUCCUCGCCCCGCCGACCCCCACCUCCCCCCUUGGGGGGGCCAUGCGUGAGCGGGAGGUCGGGCCCCCGGGGCCCUCGGGCACCAGGCGGGGCAUGGGCCGGGGACCGCCCCCAUGAGGGUCCCGGGAGGGGGGCGCGCGCAGCAGCGGCGGGGCCAUGGGGUCGCAGGUGUUGCAGAUCCUGCGCCAGGGGGUGUGGGGGGCCUCGCUUACCGGCGGUUGGUUCUUCGAUCCGCACCAGAGCACCUUCUCCAACUGCUUCCAUCUUUAUGUCUGGAUCUUCCUGCUCACCUUUCCCUUCUUGCUGUACAUGGUCCUGCCCCCCAGCUUGAUGGUGGCUGGUGUGUACUGCCUUGUGGUGGCUGUCAUCUUUGCUACCAUCAAGACUGUGAACUAUCGGUUGCAUGCCAUGUUCGACCAGGGCGAGAUUGUGGAGAAGCGCAACUCUACCAUGGGAGAGCCAGAGGAAGAGCCUGCCCAGGGAGACAGCAAUCCACCCAGGGACCCUGGAGUGGAGAUGACAGUGUUUCGGAAAGUAAGUUCCACCCCUCCAGUACGUUGCAGUUCCCAGCAUUCCGUGUUUGGCUUCAACCAGGUCUCGGAGCUACUGCCCCGGAUGGAAGACUCUGGACCUCUCAGAGACAUCAAGGAGCUCGUGCGGGAGCAGGGCAGCAACAACGUGAUAGUGACCUCAGCGGAUAGAGAGAUGCUGAAGCUCAGCUCGCAGGAGAAACUGAUUGGAGAUCUUCCCCAGACACCUCCAGGGGCUGCCCCAGACCCUUCUCUCCCCAGCACGGACUCUUCAGAGCGUUCUCCCCUGGCUGGAGACGGAGCUCCCUGGAGUGGGAGCAGUGUGGCUGACACUCCCAUGAGCCCUUUACUGAAGGGGAGCCUCAGCCAAGAGCUGAGCAAAAGCUUCCUGACCCUGACUCGGCCUGACCGGGCCCUGGUGAGGACCAGCAGUCGACGGGAACAGCGCCGAGGAGCAGGCGGCUACCAGCCCCUGGACCGACGGGGCUCCGGCGAGCCCACACCCCAGAAAGCCGGUUCAUCAGAUUCCUGCUUCAGUGGCACUGACAGGGAAACACUGAGCAGCUUCAAGAGUGAGAAGACCAACUCGACCCACCUGGAUAGCCCCCCUGGUGGACAGGCUCCUGAGGGUAGUGAUACAGACCCGCCCUCUGAGACCGAGCUGCCUGCCUCGCCAGAUGCUGGGGUCCCCUCAGAUGACACACUGCGUUCCUUUGACACAGUCAUUGGGGCAGGGACGCCACCGGGCCCGGCUGAGCCGCUCCUGGUUGUGCGGCCUAAGGACUUAGCCCUGCUGCGGCCCAGCAAACGGCGGCCACCUGUGCGAAGACACUCUCCACCUGGCCGUGCCCCUCGCCGGCCCCUGCUUGAGGGCGGAGGCUUUUUUGAGGAUGAGGACACCAGUGAGGGCAGUGAACUGAGCCCGGCCUCCAGUCUCCGAUCGCAGCGCCUCUACAGUACCGACAGCUCCUCUUCUACUUCCUGCUACUCCCCAGAGAGCUCCCGGGGUGCCGCAGGGGGGCCCCGGAAGAGGCGGGCCCCCCAUGGGGCUGAGGAAGGAACUGCUGUGCCUCCCAAGCGGCCCUAUGGGACCCAGCGGACGCCCAGUACUGCCAGCGCCAAAACACAUGCACGUGUGCUGAGCAUGGAUGGGGCAGGGGGUGAUGUCCUACGGGCUCCCCUAGCUGGCUCCAAGGCUGAGUUGGAGGCCCAGGUUGGGGUGGAGCUGGCUGCGGGUGAGCCUGCUGUCCUGCCUGCUGAGGCCCGUAGGGGACCUGCUGCCAACCAGCCGGGUUGGCGGGGGGAACUUCAGGAGGAAGGUGCUGUGGGGGGAGCCGAGGAGACGGGCCAGCGGGACCGCUCGAGCAACGUGAGGCGGACCCAGGCGAUCCGGAGGCGUCACAAUGCAGGCAGCAACCCCACCCCUCCAGCCUCUGUCAUGGGCUCGCCACCCAGCAGCCUGCAGGAGGCCCAGCGGGGCCGGGCCGCCUCCCACUCCCGGGCGCUGACCCUGCCCUCUGCCUUGCACUUUGCCUCCUCGCUGCUGCUCACUCGUGCGGGGGCCAACGUGCACGAGGCCUGCACUUUUGAUGACACCUCCGAGGGCGCUGUGCACUAUUUCUACGACGAGAGUGGUGUGCGGCGCUCCUACACCUUUGGGCUGGCUGGAGGUGGCUACGAGAACCCUGUAGGGCAGCAAGGGGAGCAGGCAGCGAACGGGGCCUGGGAUCGCCACUCGCAUUCUUCCAGCUUCCACUCAGCUGAUGUCCCUGAGGCAACUGGUGGCCUGAACUUGCUCCAGCCAAGGCCUGUGGUCCUGCAGGGCAUGCAGGUGCGCCGGGUGCCCCUGGAGAUCCCAGAGUUUGACCUGCUGGACCAGGACUCCCUGCACGAAUCCCAGGAGCAGACGCUGAUGGAGGAGGCACCACCCCGUGCCCAGCACAGCUACAAGUACUGGCUUCUUCCCGGCCGCUGGACCUCUGUACGCUAUGAGCGGCUUGCCCUGCUGGCCCUGCUAGACCGGACGCGUGGGGUGGUGGAGAACAUCUUCGGUGUCGGGCUAAGCAGCCUUGUUGCCUUCCUGGGCUACCUGUUGCUGCUCAAGGGCUUCUUCACUGACAUCUGGGUCUUCCAGUUCUGCCUGGUCAUCGCCUCUUGCCAGUAUUCCCUGCUGAAGAGUGUCCAGCCUGACGCAGCAUCUCCCAUGCACGUGAGUACCCAGGGAGCAGCCCCUUGUUUCUCCCAAAGCCUUGCUCAAAGCAAACUAUCCCUAAUUUCUCUGAGCACUGUGGCCAGGUGUAUAACGCUGCACGCCUGUGGUGGUGUGCACAGUGUAGCACACAUGGUUACUUGGCAGCAGGAGGUGGAUGGGGGCAAGUCCCAGGAGACGCGUGGGGUGGUGGAGAACAUCUUCGGUGUCGGGCUAAGCAGCCUUGUUGCCUUCCUGGGCUACCUGUUGCUGCUCAAGGGCUUCUUCACUGACAUCUGGGUCUUCCAGUUCUGCCUGGUCAUCGCCUCUUGCCAGUAUUCCCUGCUGAAGGUCAGACCUGGAUCCCUGGGUCUCCUUCCCUGA